ACCCUUCUUCCCCGGUUUUCCACCUGGCCCGUUUCACCGGGAGCAUCUUCGGCCCGGAUUUUUUGGACAGCUCCGCGGGCGCACGGAGCUGGCUGGCUUCGUUAGUUUUUUUGGGAAAAGGGCUGGACGGCCGGGUGGGCUUCAGGAGCCCCAUCUGCUGCGGCUGCGGUUGCUUGGAAAAGAGGGCGACCCCCGCGCCGGGCAGAAAACCUUCUCAGAUUGUCUUUGGAGUUUGACCCUAUGAAAAGGACACAAUGACCGAAGUGCAGAUUGACAGCUCCUGCCUACCACCCGUCCAGGAAGUUUGCCGAGACUUCGCUGUUCUAGAAGACGGUGCGUUGGCCUAUUGUCUACAAGAGCAAGAGAUCGAGCUGCACUACGCUUCCAAUAUCCAGAAGAACCAGCUGGUCCAGAAUGACCACCGCAUGGCCAAGAGGCUUCAGAACCAGGAGGUGGAAGCCCAAAAGCUUCAGGACAACAGGCCACCUCCGAAAGGAAGCCCGGAGGGAGAUCCUAAAGACGCCCAGGUGACUCAAGAUCCUAAAGAUCUCCAGAUGAAACCAGGAAAAGCUGACCGGAAGAAGAAGAAGAAGUCAAAAGAGCAGGAGAGGGUCAAGCGGUUCCAGAACCUGGAAAAGGACGAGAGCGGUCAGCUGAAGCAAAGGCCCUCGCGUGGGACAAGAGAUGGCAUCCCUGAAGUCCUGCAUUGGGAGAUGGCCAGACUGGAGCUCCAGAUCCAACAGCAGUUCCAGGAAGACGAGGAACUGGCUCGGAAGCUGCAAGAGGAGGAAGAGGAGGAGCAAACACGCAUCAGAGCCAAGAGGAACCGGGAGCAAGAUGACGAUUACCGGGCGGCUCAGGUAGCCCAGGAUGAGGAAAUUGCACGCUACCUACAAGACAAGGAACUCCACACCCAGUGGGGCUCCCCACACCAGGAAAGGCAGCAGGAUGAGCCCCCCGGGCGCCCCGAGGGACAAAGCCACUGCAAUCCAGAAAAGGACUCGUGGCCGAGUGGCAGAAGUCCAGCCCUGCUGAGAAUCCAGAUCCAAGAGGACACCGAUGGGACGAUGAAAGGAACGUCCGUCGACAAGAAGCCACAGUUUUGCCAAAAUAUCGCUGAAGUUCUGGAUCCCACUUUUCAAGCCGCUAAAAUGGGAACGCCUUCUGAUGUGAUGGAUCUGGGUUCGAAAGCACCCAGCCCAGGACCGCUGGCCCAGACGGACAGCUCCUUCGACUACCCGCAGGGGGUGGCAGCCCCCGUCUUUGUCUCCCCGACCAAACGACAGCCAGACAAGGUGGGCUGCCCGAAAUCCAGCAACAAGAAAGAAGGCUGCCGACAGCAGUGAGGCUCCUGACCAAGCUCCACAUCCGGGUUCCGGAUUUUUUUUUUUCUUUUUUCUUUCCUCCCAACUUUUCACUGAUGUCUUGGCUGGAUUUAUAUUUCUCAGCUGUCAACAGGAUGUCCGAGUUUUAAAGCUGCUUCCUCUUAUUUCGACCCUGAACUCCUCCUCUGAAUUCGGUGCGAAAGGCGGGCCGGUCAAUCCCAUCGAAUGAACGCAAAAAGCUUCAGUUUAAAAAACAAAACAACCCAAUAAUAACCAAAACGGAAACGGGCUUUUUCAGAGAGGGAAGUUUAGUCUAUCAGUGGCUCAAAUAUU